UCGUAUUCAGUCUUGAGUUAGAUGUGCCAUCUCAGUGAAACGCCUCCAUACCGGUUGAAGCUGUGUCAUAGACAUCUACCCAGCGUCUGCACGCAACUCCACCAAAGGCGCCAAUUCAUCUGACAGACUGCUCUCACAUAUCUCUGCGGGCUUCGUACCACCCAGCUUUCCACCCUUGCAGCCGUCGUUCAAGUCCCAACUGUCGCCGAUAUAGGCAAGAGCGGAGUUGCGUAUUCACCACAUUCUCUGUGAUUCGUCGCUCAUCUCACCCGGCGCGAAUUCUUGCUGAAUCGUCAAGGGCUCAUUUACAGCUCCACUUGCGGACGCAGGCUAUCCAUCGUGAUGUCCAUCAACCAUGCCUCGACAUCUGGUCGAUCGAUGUCCGCAGAAGCUAGCAGCUCAGAUGGAAGCCCACGAAUUGCGCGAGCGUCCCUAUCAGAACGCUUGGGUGCUGUUUCGUCAAGGGACAAAAAGGCAUCAACUCGAGCAGCUUCGAACGCCGCUCGACUCAAGUCGUUCGUAGAGCUUCUGGACCCUUCAGAUUUGCUGCCAGGCCACGCAGUAGCAGACUCGUACAGCCUGCGACACUUGUGCCUGCAACCGGGGGGUAUACCUACAUCUUCUACUCACAGAUCAAGCUCUUCGCGUCGCUUUGGAGAGUCCGCCUCGCCUCAGUCAGCCGGACUAGGUUGGCUACGCUCUUGCGCGUGGAGUGUUCUCUUGGGGCUGCUGCCGCCCGAAAAGUCGCAAUGGAGGUCGACGUUGAAUCAACGCCGGUCUGAGUACUACUCGUUCGUGUCGACCCUAGCGUGUCCAGAGGCUUCCCCGGGCUCGGGCCCUUCACCUCACCGCGACGCGCUGUUAGAUCAGAUCUACCGGGAUCUCUCUCGCUCCCGCCGCAACGUGUUCGCGUUCUAUCGCGCACCAGUCGCUGCUUCGCGCGGCUGUCCACUUGCCCCGCUUCCAUCAGAGGAGUUGAAUAAGCACACCGAGCCACGCGCAAGACGUAAGAGAGCCACUCCUAGAGUCGAGAAUAGACACGCCCUCCUCUUCAGACUGGCUCACAUCAACUCAGACUUUGCCGAUUACUUGCACGAGGAGAGGGAUGAGGGGACACCAGCGACCUCGCCUCUCGCGGCGGCGCGGAGCAGUGAUCGACACAGGCAAGGCAGCUUGACGGAGUCUGCAUCGCUUCACGCGGACGGCUUGGCACCGGACUCGACGGCAAAUAGAAGCCCGCCGAUUGUAUUACUACCCCCGUCUCCUGAAACCCGGCGGGGUCAUACGCCUGAAGCCGACAGCAGUGACGCGAUGCUUCCAAGCGAUGUUGCCCAGGACUUUGCAAAGCAAGACGAUCAGCAUUCUGCCGGUGCAAGUCCGCAGCAGCUUACGAAUGGGUCCGCUCGCUCUCUUCAGGACCGGCGUUGGCAUUCCUUACUCCGCAUCCUCUUUGUCUAUGCGCUUCUGAACCCAUCCACGGGCUACGUGCAAGGAAUGGGCGAGAUUGCCUUUGUGCUGGCAUACGUCAUGGGAACGUCCGAAGCAUGGCCCUUUUCGCCCUCGCAUCAUGAAGACGAGGAGCAGAACGGCGAAGCAGAGGACGUUGAUGAAGCCUACGUGGACCGUGAUGACGAUCCGCCAGGCGCGCACGCAGAGGCAGAUGCCUUUUGGCUGUUCUCCAGGCUUGUGGGAGAGCUGCGCGAGCUUUACGAGUUCGACGGCAUCGAUCACCACGCAGCAAGCCUGCAUGUCAGAAAUGGCUCGGGACGAGCACUUCCGUCUUUGCCAAAGCAGGAGUCGCAGCAAGGCGGCAUGGCUAAGGCUCUGGAACGCACAAGCGUGCGCCUCCGCUGGCUCGAUGACGGUCUUUGGGCGGCUCUAGCGCAGCAAGGCCUGGAUCCGCAGCUGCCGUACUACUCGUUCCGCUGGCUAGCGUGUCUGUUGAGCACUGAGCUGGCCUUGCCGUCAGUGCUGCAGCUCUGGGAUCUCAUUCUGGCAGAAUCGGGAAGCGCCACGCAAGAUUCGCAUGCAUUAGGGCCAAAGGUCGAGAUACUUAUCGACAUGUGCUGCGCGCUGCUCAUCAGCCUACGGGGACCACUCCUCGGCGCCGCUGAGCCGCAUGAGGGGGACGGGGACGAUUCAGACGCUUUCAGUCGAUGCAUGAGUAUAUUGCAGGAUUUGGAACACGUCGACAUUGGACCCGUCGCCGAGCUCGCAUGCGUGUUCAGGCAGCGCAGACUUGCGGCGCCUCUGACUGGGGAUGGGCCUCCCGACUGUCAUCAAGAAGCAACGCUUCCUUCGACUCCGGCCUCGGUGCGAGACAGAGCAACACAGGCUCUGCGAGGUUGGACCGGUCCCGGCGGGCCGAAAUGGCUCUCACCAGCAACUGCGCGCUCCGUUUCCGGCGGGUCGACCUUCUCAACACCUAAUCGAGCCGACGAGACAUCAGUUGAAGCAUCCUCGACGAACAGUCCCAGGGCUACAUUUGCAAAGUACGCAGAAGCAUUCCAAAGCAGCGAUGCUGCUGCGAGCCUCUCGAAAGCCAGCACGAACUGGACCGCAAGAGCUAUGGCGUCCUGGGGUGCAAAUGGCUCACAGAGUCGCAGCCGCGAAUCUUCGCCGCUGUUACCAGCGGAUGGAUCUCCCCGUCCAGGUUCGGCAGCCAAGUUAUCCCUAGCGGGCCUUUUCAGUCGUCAGCGUUCCGAUAGCAGCGGCACUGCUGCAUCUGGACCUUCCGAUUCAACCCAUCCGGCGCUGCGGUGGUCGCGAGAGAUGCCAAAUCUGCCGCUGCCAAAUGUGCUGGACAGUCCGCCGGAAAGGCAGGAGUACGGGUGGGCUUCUCGCCCUCAGCUGCCAGCGUCUUUGGCGAGCCCAAACCUGAACGAAAGCCCAAAUACGGCCUCCACUACUGGACGCUUCUCGCCCAUAAGUACCCAGUCGCCCGGCAGCGUGCGAGGAGGCAGCUCGGUACGAGGGGCUGGGCCCAAGCCUCUACUGCUCACUGGCUCUGCCAGACCUCCGCGGGAGAGCAGCGGCUCCCACCACGAUCAUAUUGCAGAGCCUAGCCGCAAAAUUUCCAGCGGUCCCAUGGCCGCCAGGAAUGGCUCUGAGCGUGGCAGUGUACGUGGCUUGCCCGCAGGCAGCAGGCGCGACAGUAGCAUUGCGAGCUCCAUCGCAGGAAGCUCUGGGUGGAGCUCACGUCCACAGUCCGAAUUUGGUGAUCCACCCCAAUCUGGCCAUAGUUCGGCCACCCCUGGGACUGGCAACACCCCGACUUUGCCAAGUAUGGCGGUAGCCACGCGUCUAGCAGAGAAGCUGCCGCCCAUCGGCACCACACCUGGCCCGGCUCUUGGCCUUGCCGGAUCGGCGAACGGCAAGCUGACGGCGGCCGCUUUCAAUAGGACUAGACGAGGCUCGACGGGAGAUGGCAGCGAUCGGACGAGCGCGUAUAGUGCUGAAGGUACGGCUGUCGGCACGGAUGACCUUCCGCCGGCAUCCUCUACUGGCUUCAUCGCCGAAGAGCAUCAUGCAAGCCCGGCGCCUAUUGCGAGCAGCUCAGAGACACCGCUGGUCGCAGCAUCGUCUCUCACGAGGCCACGCGGAACUGGCGGUGCGAAGGCGAGGGGCAGCAAUGGGUCCGUCUCUUCCUUCGGGCCCAGUCACGUAUCAAGCGACAGCAUGGAGCAAUUCAGCAGACGCGAGUCAAGUCGGAGCAGCACGUCCACGACGAGCCCACAGCGCCGCUCGCUAGCCUUGACGGAGUCCGGAGCAUCUCGCCCAGAUUCUCAAGGCGCAUUGUCAAAGGCUUCCUCGGACUCUUCGUCGCGCGACUCUCUGGCACAACGACGCGGCAGCGCGUUUAGCGCCGACCGCGUCACCAGCGGGCAAACAAGCGAGUCUUUGCCCGAAGAGCAAUCGUUGGAAGACCCAAAAUUGGAACAGGAUCGUAUCGGACUGCAAAGAUUCGAGCUGACGGAUGAGCCAAUACGCUUGUCCGAGCUGCAACGCGAGGGUAGCGAACGUAGCAUCAAUCGCUCGAACGGUAUUCAAAGAUCCACUGUUCGAUCAAAGCGAGCUUACUCGUCUGUCAAGAAGCGCCAGAGCGAAGCAGAUGAUGCAGAAGGCGGAGUGAACGGCGAGUCCCGCAAGCCUACUGCAGGACUCAGGCGCAGCUCGGCAGCUCGUUCUUCCAAGCUCCAAAUUGCGCCUGCUGAGGGUGAUACCGUGAUAAGAGCGCCUUCUCCAGGUCCGAGCGCCGGUCAAACGAUGGACAUUGACGAGCUCGUGAUGGAGCUCUCGGGGGAGAAUGAUGCCACACUUCAAGGAGACGAAUGGUCGGUGCGUGGGGAUCGAGAGGCGAGCCGAGCACCGGGACUACAGACGGGCGCCACAAGGGGCAUAGGAAUCGACAUGGGAGAAAGCAUCGGCCACGAUUUGGCUACUCCCCGCUUUGACGGCUUGCGACGACUUGCUCCCGACGAUAUGCCGCAAGACGAGUACGAGGAAGAUUGGGAGACUUAUGACGCUGCGGGAGCCGGGUUCGAAAGCGCGGGCGCGGCCCAGGGUGAUUUGAUGGCAUCGAUUGGAAACGCCAUGCUAGCCCCUGCUGCCACCUCUCAAGCGAUCUGAUGUAUCCUACCAUCAUUGCUCACUCAUCUGUCACUGCACUGCAUGUAGCGAAUAAGUCAUC